AUGGUUUCCAAUUGUGAUGAGGUUCGUCAUACGAUCGACGAGAGCUUUGCCCGGCUUCUCAUGAGACGUGGGCAGAUGUCUCGUCAACUACGUCAACCUGAACUUGGUGUUGUAGAUGAAAUGAUAGCAGAACAAUUGGAAUCGGACGUCGUAUUUUGUGUCUCUCGGCCGCGAGGUCUGUCUGCGUCCAAAGAGUUCAGUGUUUUCUACACACUUCAUUUGAUCCCUCCUCUCGACAUUUGGACUGAAGUGCAGUUCGUGGCACAAUUCUGGCUCAGCAACCCCAUCAUUGGAUGGUUACAGCCUGCAACUGUGUCGUCAGUCCCCUCGGCCGCUAGACGCCAGUUGGAAAGAGGAGAAUGGACUUGCAAGCCUCUUCUCGGCUAG